AUGCCAAAACUCUACCAUGUUUUUGAUACUGGUAGAGACGAUAUCAUCAGCUCGUGGAAGAGUCACGACGAAGCCGUCCUAGCGAUCAGGCAUAUGCUCAAUCCCGACAUCAUUUCGCGAGAUGAUCCCGCGCCCACGCACCUGACCCAUUUCCAAGAGGAAGAAGAUAAGACUGGGUACUGGGCUGCCUCUCCCCAACAUCCUCAUAAUGUGCAAGUAAGGCACUCGGCCGAAAAGGGCGCAGCAGCUAAACCCACAGAACUAGCUGUACCGCUUCCACCCUUACAGUGGGGAGUAUUUAGCGUUGACGACCACGGGAUACACCGCUUACAUGCCCUGUACGAUAAUCUCCUCUACGCAAACGAACAAGCCCGCCGGAUUGCCUGGAAAGAGUCGUACACCUAUUGCAAGGACUUCGAACACGGCUGCGUCUUCUUGGAAGACCUGAAAAGAGCCAGUUACACCGGCAACAUGGUCAAGAAACACUACGGUAACCACGCGCCCGACGAAGUCAAUAAGGGUUCAUCGACGAGGUGUUUUCACGUCUACAUGGGCAUGGUAGAUGAUGUUUAUUCCGGGGCCGCCUUCAGUCUGUACGUCCGGCCCGUUGUCGUCAACCAGGCUCCAUCGAGAAAGAUUGGGAGCAAGAGUAAGAGGCGAGCAGGAGUCAAGCAGGAGGAGAAAGGGUCGAAAAGGGUCAAGACGGAGGCCGGUGUUGCCGAGUCUGAAGCAAAGGUGGAAGAGGGCGCCAUGUCCGAUGUAGCGGACGCGGCUUCCGACCGAUCGUCUUCUCCCGAGAUCGCUGAGAACUGGUCUAAACCUUAUAGCUGCGGCUCGAUCGUCUGUCAAGGCGGCUGCCACAAGCGAUGAAAGGUCUAAUGAUCAUGACAAGGUACACACGCGGGGACGUUACACUAUCGUCAGACCUGCUUAGUUAUGCGAUC